AGUCCGUCGCUUUCUGAUGAACUCAUGGGCUGUGGAAUUGGCUACGGAGGGGCAUCUGGCUCCUGGAGGCUGCUUCUUGCGCCCUAAACUCGCUUCUUAGGUGGACUGACUGUUGGACGGAUUUGUCUGCCACGCGUGCACAUUCUGAGUACAGGAAAGUGAAUUAGUUCUCAAUAAUGGGAAGAACCUAUAUUGUAGAAGAGAGUGUUGGCCAGUAUCUUUCAAACGUCAAUCUCCAAGGAAAGGAUUUUGUCUCUGGUCUUUUAAUAGGGCAGUGUUCUUCACAAAAGGAUUAUGUGAUUCUUGCUGCUAGAACACCACCCAACGAGGAACAAAAUGAGAACCUCAAACAUCCUAAAGCUAAGUUGGAUAACUUGGAUGAAGAAUGGGCCACAGUACAUGCCAACCAGGUAUCCAGAAUGCUACCAGGGGGUCUUUUAGUUCUUGGAGUGUUUAUCAUCACAACUUUAGAAAUGGCAAAUGAUUUUCAAAAUGCCCUGCGUAGGCUAGUAUUUGCUGUGGAAAAAUCUAUGAAUAAAAAGAGACUGUGGAAUUUCACAGAGGAGGAGGUCUCAGAACGAGUGACACUUCACAUUUGCUCUUCGACAAAAAAAAUAUUUUGUCGAACAUACGAUAUCCAUGAUCCAAAGAGUUCAGCAAAACCAGCAGAUUGGAAGUAUCAAAAUGGACUAUCAGCUUCAUGGCUUUCUUUAGAAUGUACUGUUCAUAUUAAUAUUCACAUUCCACUGUCUGCUACUUCUGUCAGCUAUACUCUGGAGAAAAAUACAAAGAAUGGACUUGCACGCUGGGCCAAGCAAAUAGAAAACGGUGUUUAUUUGAUUAACGGACAAGUUAAAGAUGAGGAUUGUGACCUAUUAGAAGGACAGAAAAAAUCUUCUAGAGGAAAUGCUCAAGCAACUAAUCAUUCUUUUGAUGUCAGAGUGCUAACACAGUUGCUUCUGAAUUCAGACCACAGAUCCACAGCCACAGUCCAGAUCUGCAGCGGCUCUGUAAACCUUAAGGGUGCUGUGAAAUGCAGAGCUUAUCUUCAUAGCAAUAAACCCAAGGUUAAAGAUGCUGUGCAGGCAGUGAAGAGAGAUAUAUUGAAUACAGUUGCGGACCGUUGUGAAAUGCUGUUUGAGGAUCUGCUUCUGAAUGAAAUUCCAGAAAAAAAAGAUUCUGAAAAAGAGUUCCACAUCCUCCCUCACCGAGUUUUUGUCCCCGUUCCGGGAUCCACUGUAAUGUUAUGUGAUUAUAAAUUUGGCGAUGAAUCAGCUGAAGAAAUCAGAGCCCAUUUUAUAGAAAUGUUAGAUCAUAUGAUUCAAAUAGAAGAUUUGGAAAUUGCAGAGGAAAUAAACACAGCUUGUUUGAGUUCCUCUGUGAAUACUGAAGCUUCACUGGACGGCACAGAUGAUGAACAACCAAAACAACCAAUUAAAACUACAAUAUUAGUGAAAAUUCAGCACAACAUAGGUAUGGUUGCAGCAUUUGCAGUGGCAGUCCUUGCUGCGGGUAUCUCCUUUCAUUACUUCAGUGAUUAGGGUGAGACACAGAGAGCGUCCUGAUCAUCCAGAGAACCCUGACCAACAAUUAUGAAUAAUAAAGAUGCAAACAAUCCAUCUGCAUUUAAGACAACAGCAGCCAGAUCUGCUGCCAUAAUGCCUGUUAGGUGUGUUUCUGACUAAAGUGAAAUCACCAGCUGCCUUGUGUUUAUAUCAUAGAUGGCUCAGGCUUCCAAAAAUAAAGUUAUGCGUCUAGA